AUUGGACAGUUGGAAGUUUUGACUUGGUUCUCGAACUCUCUCAAUCACAGUCUUAGUUUUCUCAUCAAAGUUGCAUUGCAUCUCUCAAAAGUCAUCGGUGAUGGAGUCAAAUCAGAAGGUGGAGCUAGAACUCAUUAACAUGGCAAUCCAGAGACUUGUUGAGGAGAAGAAAAUCAAAGAAGCCUCUAGUACUGAUUGCCUCGAUGACCAGCUUCUCCUCUCCAAAUUGCUCUCUCAGUUGGAAUCAUUGAAAGGAGAUGGCACAAUUAAGGAACCCGAAGCUUCAACUGAAGCUUCAACCGAGAUAGAUGAGGUGUCUCCUACAGCAGUCUGUAAUGUUGAUAACAAGAUGGAGAAUGCUGGUCAGCUGAAUGGGGGUAGCAACGAAACUGAGAGCGAGAUUGUUAAAGAGCUUAAGAAGGUGAAGAGACAGAAUUUUGUAACCCACUGUCUUCUUUCUGUCUUGAUUGUAUUGACUGCUGCUUGGCAAGUAUCUGAGGUAAAACUAAUUUUGAAAGUCAAAGAGGGAUUUAACCACCCAUUUCAAUCCUUCGGAAGUUUACUCACUGGAAUGCUCAAAGGCCCCAAUAAAAAUGGUGAAGAUGCAGAAAAACAGUCCUCACAUGCCAAACAACAAAUCGAAGCCCCUCCACUCCCGGAUCUCAAAAUUCCAGAACUCCCCCGUGUGGAUUUACCAGAUUUACGUUUGAAUGGUGAAAAUAAAUGAGUGCUGUUUGAUAUGAAGCAAUAGCAUGUUUCAAGCAGAACAAAUCUGCAAUGUUCGAGACUAAAUUAUCUUUAGCCUAAUUUCAUUUGUUGAUAUGUUUGAAAGACAUGAUGCAAUAUAUUUUGCUUAUAGUCUAUGAGCUGGUAUAUUAAAACGAAA